AUGACCGUUGCUCCUGAAGAUGUGCUGGAUAUCAAGAGGGACGAUAGGACAGGCCAGCUGGAGUUUGCUAAGGAAGAUGACGCCGGCGGUGGUAGAGGGCUAUAUUUCGAUGGUUUUAUUAAGGGUACCAAAAUGGUGGAUGCAUAUGAAAUGAAGUUUUCCGGGUCAUCAAGCGGUGAUGGAGUACCAUUAGACGCUGGCCAGGAGAGAGCAUAUCCCGUUUUAUCCUCCGAGUCUGGGAGGACUAGGAAGCUGAGGCUACAUACUGAAUGA